AUUUACGGGUGAAUUGAACGUAUUUGCAGUGGAUUUUAUAAAUUGUGCAGUUAAUAAAAUAAACAUGAGUGUGAAUUUGAAAAGGGCCUUGUUAUGUGUCAUAAUAGACGAACUAUGUAAUGAUGAUAUACAAGAACCAACCCAAAUAAAGAGGAGAAAGGUUUGAUCUAAAAGUUGGUAUUUAAAUAGGCCUGAAUUAUCACAUUCGAACUUGUUGAAAGAGUUGGAAAUUAGUGCACCCAGUGACUUCAAGAACUUUUUAAGAAUGGACAGUGAAACGUAUAAUGAAUUAUUGCGAAAAGUAAGUCCAUUCAUUAAGAAACAGGACACAAUAAUGCGUGAUGCGAUAUCUCCUAACGAACGUCUGUCCGCAACUCUUCGGUUUUUAACUAGUGGGCAGACUUUUGAAGAUUUGAAAUUCCUUACUGCAAUUUCACCACAAUCUUUAGGAGUGUUGAUAAUGGAGACGUGUUCGGCAAUAAUUAAAGUAUUAAAGCCAUAUAUUAAGCUGCCGGCAACCGAAGACGAAUGGAAAGCCGUUGCCACCGAAUUUGGGGAUAGGUGGAACUUCCCAAAUUGCAUUGGCGCUUUGGACGGGAAACAUGUGCAAAUAAAAAAACCUAAUUGCUCAGGGUCGUAUUAUUUCAAUUAUAAAAAAACUUUUAGCAUUGUAUUACUAGCGUUAGUUAGCGCGAACUAUGAGUUUUUAAUGGUUGAAGCCGGCGCAAAUGGGCGUGUUUCUGAUGCUGGUGUGUUUCAGAAUAGCAAAUUUUUUGAGAAAUUGAAUGAUGGAUUACUUAACAUUCCACACUCACAAGCUAUACCUGAAUUUUCUGAAGUAGAUAUGCCCUUUGUUUUUGUGGGGGAUGACGCCUUUCCAUUAUUGAGGAAUUUGAUGAAACCGUACAGCCGCAAUAAUCUAUCAAUAGAAGAAAGGGUAUACAAUUACAAGGGCUAGAAGGAUUGUGGAAAAUGCUUUUGGAAUUGUGGCAACGCGAUUCCGCAUACUUAUAAACCCCAUGAAUUUGAACCCUAAAAAAGCUAGCAUAAUAGUUCUAGCAUGUUGUUAUCUCCACAAUUUUUUAAGGACAACCAACCCCUCGGUCUACUUAAGAGGAAGUGUUGAUAUUGAACAUAUAAAUAAUGGUGAUAUUCAAUUGGGUGCUUGGAGACAAGACAGCCAGCAGCUUUCUGAACUUCAACCAACUGCAUCGAGAAAUGCAGCUUCAAUAGCAAAAGAAACAAGAAUGAAAUACACAAGGUAUUUUAAUGGAGUUGGAGCAGUG